AUGGGCAUUCCUAGAAAGGAAGCCAUUUCGUUAUUGGAUUUCAUACUUAUUGCAUGGCUUUUUGCAAUCACUUCAGAUGCUCAAGCAAUUGUUCCAGCACUGAUAACAUUUGCUGAUUCUCUGGGAUUUACUUCAUAUCCUCUUGCAUAUCUAAGCCCUCGAGCAUCAGGGAAAAACCUUCUUAUUGGAGCCAGCUUUGCUUCUGCUGCAUCUGGUUAUGAUGAUCGAACAGCCCACUUAAAUAAUGCACUGUCAAUAUCGCAGCAAGUGAAGCAUUUCCAGGAGUACAUCAAGAAGUUAGAAAGGAUAGCUGGGCCUAAAAACGCCUCACUUAUAAUCAAGGAUGCAUUGUACGUUAUAGGCUUUGGCACUGCUGACUUCAAUCAAAAUUAUUACAUCAAUCCUGCCAUUAACAAAGUCUACACCCCUGAUCAGUAUUCUUCCUACCUGAUUGGUAAAUUUUCAAGCUUCAUCAAGGAUCUGUAUGGAUUAGGAGCCAGGAGAAUCGGUGUGACAUCACUGCCACCAUUGGGGUGCACUCCGGCAGCCCGAAUUUUGUACGGUCGUCCCCAUGGACAAGGUGGAUGUGUGGCUAAACAAAACAGAGACGCACUACUGUUUAAUAUGAAACUCAACCACACCUCAUCCCGGCUCCUGAAACAGCUUCCAGGACUCAAGUUAGCAGUUUUCGACAUUUUCAAGCCCUUUUACGAUUUUAUCAAAAGUCCUUCAGAUUAUGGUUUCAAAGAAACAACCAGAGGUUGUUGUAGAACAGGGGCAGUUCAAAACACUGCAUUUUUGUGCAAUAAAAGAUUGCGAGGAACCUGCAGGAAUGCGACGGAAUAUGUGUUCUGGGAUGGUGUACAUCUAUCGGAGGCAGCCAAUCAGUUCGUUGCCGAUUCUUUAAUCAGCCAAGGAAUAAGCCUUAUAAUUUGA